CCAAAUAAACCAACGCGCGAUUCACAAAUCACAAAACAGCAUUGGAGCGCCAACGGCUGGACACCGCCGCGAACGCCGUCAGCCACCAACUUCUGUUCCCGCACUCAGCUCACUAGCUCCGACGUUGCAGCACCGCGCACAGCGCACAGCGUUACCACUAGAGUCCACCUGGUCGUCGAUCACCACUCCGCACAGAUAAAGUUAUUGAGAAUGGGGGAGACAUUUAAGGAUUUGGGAGUGUGUGACCAAUUGAUCGAGGCUUGUGAAAAUUUGGGAUGGAACGUUCCAUCGAAAAUACAGGCUGAAGCAAUUCCUCAUGCACUGGAUGGAAAAGACUUGAUUGGACUUGCACAAACGGGUUCUGGUAAAACUGGAGCUUUUGCUCUUCCCAUUUUGCAAGCAUGUUUAGAAUCUCCACAUGCAUUCUUUGCUUGUGCUCUGUCCCCAACAAGGGAGCUUGCAAUUCAAAUUGCUGAGCAGUUCAAAGCAUUGGGAUCUGGCUUUGGCCUUAAGUGUGCAGUGCUUGUUGGAGGGGUAGACAUGAUGGAACAAACUAAGAUGCUUGCAAACCGGCCACACAUUGUUGUUGGAACACCUGGACGCCUUUUGGAUCAUCUUUCCAACACUAAAGGUUUUUCCCUUCGCACGUUGAAGUAUUUGGUUUUAGAUGAAGCCGAUAAACUAUUGAAUGAUGAAUUCGAGAAAUCGAUCGACGAAAUUUUAAAUGUUAUCCCUCGUGAGCGGAGAACAUAUUUAUUUUCCGCUACAAUGACAAAAAAGGUUAAGAAGCUACAAAGGGUCUGUUUGAGAAAUCCAGUAAAGAUUGAAGUAGCAUCGAAAUAUUCAACUGUUGACACACUGAAGCAGCAUUAUUGCUUUGUAUCUGAUAAAUUCAAGGAUUGCUACCUUGUAUAUAUUUUGAUUGAGAAGUGUGGAUUUUCAUCAAUGGUUUUUACGCGUACCUGUUAUGCAACGCGUUUUGUUGCUCUGUUUCUUCGAAAUCUUGGAUUCAAGGCUAUUCCAAUUAGUGGCGAAAUGGCACAGUCAAAGAGACUUGGAGCCUUGAAUCAGUUUAAGGCGGGAGUGUCCAAUAUUCUUGUCUGCACUGAUGUGGCAAGUAGAGGACUUGACAUUCCUUCUGUUGAUCUGGUUAUCAAUUAUGAUAUUCCCUCAAAUCCCAAGGAUUAUAUCCAUCGAGUGGGAAGAACUGCACGUGCUGGACGAUCUGGUGUUGCAAUCUCUCUAGUGGAUCAAUAUCAGUUGGUGUGGUUUAAACAAAUAGAGAAUCUUCUAGGUAAGGAGUUGCCAGAGAUGCCUUUUCAGCGAGAGGAAGUCUUGCAAUUGAAUGAACGAGUCAAAGAGGCCACAGGAAUAUCUCGAAGGGGAAUGGACGAACCUGGUGGCAAGAAGGGGAAAAGACGAAAUGAUGAGGAGGAUAUGGACAAAUACUUGGGCAUCAAGGAUGGGAAGUUUUCUAAGAAGAAGAGAAAAUGAAUUUAAACAGUUCUUGAUAGCAAAUUUUGUUAGAAUUUUUAAAUGUUUUAGAUUAUUUUUUUGUUUUUGAAUAAUUGCGAGGUUAUAUAUGUAUAUUUUUUUCAAAAUUUUGUUUAGUUUAAAUGUUUGUACCAUAACUUUCUUUCUAGAUGCUAAGAUAAGAUAUGGAGUGUGGUUUAGCUUUCUCAAAUAUAUUUUAUAAAACUUAUUAAACUACAGAUAAGAGAUAAUUGUAGAAAGACAUUCUUUUGCU